AUGAGACUAAUUUUUUCAUUAUUUGUCUCACUUUUAUAUAUAACACAAUAUGGGAAACCUUUUAAACUUCACGACUUUGAUAAACCAACUGAAAAUUUGAAGACAGACUCUACUGUUUUUCCUGUAGAAAUCCUUGAGGAGAAAUUUAUAAAAUCAUUAGUAGAUAGAGCUAGCUAUAGACUUAUUAAGUUAGGGAAUGGUAUAGAAAUACUACUUAUCAGCGAGCCCAAUUCAAACAAAGCAAGCGUCUCUGUAGAUGUUGGAAUAGGUAGCUUACAUGAUCCUGAUGAAUAUCCAGGAAUGGCGCAUUUUUGUGAACAUUUGCUUUUUAUGGGUACAAAAAAAUAUCCAAGAGAGAAUGACUUUGAUAGUUAUGUUUUGACACAUGGCGGUUAUUAUAAUGCAUUUACAGCUCUGAUAGACACAAAUUAUUUUUUCGAAAUUGAUGCAGAUUUUCUAUAUGAAGCUCUUGAUAGAUUUGUCCAGUUUUUUGUUGAUCCUUUAUUUGCAGAAGAUUCAGUGCAACGUGAAUCUCAUGCUGUUGAUUCAGAACACAAAAAAAACCUCAGAUCAUCAGCUUGGAUUAGAUAUGAAAUUCAAAAAAUAACAUUUAACAAGACACAUCCAAUGUCAAGGUUUUCAACAGGCACUCUUCAUACAUUAAAUACAGGCCCUAGAAGACAAAAUAAAAAGAUUACAGACGAAAUUCGUAAAUUUUUCGAAAAACAUUAUGUUUCUCAUGCUAUGAAAGCAGCAGUAUACGGGAAAGAAUCACUUGAUGAACUUCAACGAAUUUCGCAAAAGUUGUUUUCUCAAGUUCCAAAUAAAACAGUCGAAGUUGCUCCUUUUACAGGUAACCCGUUGGAUGGAAAACUUGGGACUUAUUUUUUCUAUGCACCACUAUCUGGUGGAAACCAGUUACAUUUGGAGUUUCCUAUCCCAAAUCAACUCUCUUUAUAUAAAUCGCAACCUCUUUCUUAUUUACAAUAUAUUAUGACUUUCGAAGGAAAAAAUUCAUCUCUUAGAUAUUUAAGAAUUAAAGAUUACGCUUCUUAUAUUAUUUAUAAUUGGUCUUCGUUCCUACCGGGCUUGUAUACUUCAUACUUAUUUUGUAUAUUCAAUUUGACUUUUUUAGCAAAGUAUGAAUCUACAAUUAGAGCAUUUUUUGAGUGUAUAAAUUAUUAUAAAGGGAUUGGACCAAACAAGGAUGUCGUAGAAGAAUUAAUAACUAUACAGCAUAUGAAUUUUAAUUAUAUCCCAAGAGGAUCUAUUCCUGAUUAUCUUUCGUCUUUAACUCUAACUAUGCAAAACAAAUAUAUUUCUUAUGAACACUUGUUAAGCCCAUAUAUUAUAAAAGAAUAUAACGAAAAAGAUAUUAAAAAAUUGUUCGAUGCAUUAUCACCAUCUAAUUUUCGAGCUUCUUUGGGUCAUAAGCCAAAGGAUGUAAAUUUUACCAAUACGGAACCCCAUUAUGGAAUACCAUACGUAGAAUUAAGUUUUAAUGAUACAUUUUUGGAGAUGCUUAAAGAUGCUAAACUUCCUGAAAAUGUAAAAUUAGGUUUCCCUAAAAAUAUAUAUGUUUCCAAACUUCCCAAUAUUACUAUGGAAAAAUUCGAUCAUCCUCCAACUCAACCAGUACUUUUUAGAAAAUCAGAACUAAUUUCUCUUUGGUAUGUCUAUGGUAGUUAUUAUCAUGCACCACGUGGAACGGUUACCCUUCUUCUAAGAAAUAUAUAUUCAAAUAUCUAUAUAAUAUCUUACAAAAUUAGUUUUAUUAUAUUAUACCUUCAGUAUAUUUCAGAAGCAGAUUCUUAUUAUUCUUCUAUGGCUGGAAUCGAUAUCUCUAUUUAUUCUGGAUAUCAUGGGUUAAUUAUAGAAUUAGAAGGAUAUACUGAUAAAAUUGUGGAGAUCUUUGAUAAUAUUCUAAAAAUAAUUCGUACGGCAUCUAUUAGUUAUCACGAUUUUUAUGGGCUUAAACAAGAUCUUCUUUAUAGAUAUUUAUCCAGUUCUUUUGUAUCACCAAUUUCACUUGUAAGAGAUGAAUCACGAAGAACUCUUAUGGAAGCAUCUCGUGACCCUAAAGAACUGGCAUAUGAAGUGCUUAAUACUGAACCAGAAGAGCUUAGUGCAUUCGUUUAUGAUUUUUAUACUAAUCUUUAUCUUGAACUUUUAAUAACAGGAAAUAUUCCACCAGAAGAUGCAUUGCAUAUUUCUUAUAUGGUUGAAACAACUUUUGAAUCACGCUAUAUACUGUCAUCUGAAUUUAUUAAUCCACGUGCAAUAACCAUAAAGAAAGAUUCUAAAUAUUACCGCAAGUUUAAUGCUUCAGAUGCUAAAGAUCUAAAUUCAGCAAUUCAUUAUUAUUGUGAAGUUACUGAUUUAGCAGAGAGAAAAGAAAAUUCAGCACUUGUUGUAUUAUCUCAUAUCAUGAAUGAGCCAGUAUUUAGUAUAUUAAGAUCAAAAGAACAACUAGGUUAUGCGGUACGGGGUAGUUAUGUCCGGUCAGCAACAGUUACAGGGUAUCAAAUUAUACUUCAAAGUGAAAGACAACCACAUGUCUUAGAAAGCCGAAUUAAUGCUUUUUUUAAGAGUUUCUUAGAACAUUUGAAUAAUUUAACUAAUGAAGAAUUUUCUCAUCAUGUUAACUCAGUUAUAAAUUCACUAAAAGAUAUACCUGAAAGCAUGGCAGAAGAAGCAGGAAAUAUCUGGACUAAGAUAUAUUACCGCAUUUAUAAUUUUGAUACACAUAAUAAAACUGUUGAAACUUAUAAAUCUUUAAAGAAAGAAGAUGUGGUGGAUUUAUUUAAAAAAACUCUUUAUUAUGAUUCCCAAACAUCGCGGAAGAAAAUCUCUCAACAUGUAUCUUCUUUUGUUGCUAGAGAUAUUUUUCAUCUUGAUGAUAUACCUUUUAAUAAGCUUUCUGAUUAUCUUGCCAAAGCAGAAACACCAGUUUCAGAAGAAAAACUCAGAGAAAUCUACUUAAUUUCUAAUAAUACAGAAACUUUUAUACAAGAAUUAGUACAUCAUAUAUUAAUUGAUGUGAAAAAAAAUCAUGCCUCGAACCAGGAAACACAAGCAGAAUAUACUAAAACGGAAUAUAAUAAGAUACAUUCAUAUCUUGUAAGUGAGUAUCAGUCACAAAAAAAACUGCUUGAGGAACAAACUGGUAAAUUAAUAAAAAAUUUAACUGAAUUUAAAGCUAGAUCUGUUUUAUCUCGAGCACUUGUUUCUCCAUUAUUAGUAAAACUUAAAUCAAAAUAA